CAGCAGGACCGACCGACGUCGUCACCGCGGAGUACGGAGGGACGUCGCGACGCUGAAGGCGCCACGACGGCGUAACAGAUUCCCACAAGACGAACAGAACGAAUUCUUCUCGUGAACGCGGACCAUUGGAUUAGAGGUGCCCUCGAGAUGCGGUGAUGGCUUUGUUGUAUAGGUUCGCGCAGCUACACGAUCGCAAUGGCACGCGGGUCUUCUCCUUCGUCGUCACUAGAAGCGUCGUGCGCGAUCCUGAGAGGGACGUCACCAGCAAGGAACUAGUAUGCGGUUUUCAGAAAUGGGCCGUCGCUUUUUCGCGCGGAGAAAAGGUCCUGGGCGUGUACCUGGUAUGGCGCGGCGCGUCAAGAAACCUCCGCGUCUACGUGGACUUCACGUUCACCCUGCUGAAUCGAGAGCACUUCUCCAUGAACGAGGGUUUCUCCGGCAAGCGCGUGAAAUUCACCUACGAGGCGCCGGCCCAAGGCAACCGCAACUACAUCCCCGUGUCCGACCUCUACAGCCGUAACUUCGCCGACACGAACGGCGAGUUCCAGCUGGAGCUGUCCAUGGCGAACGUGCGGACCGUCUACAUGACCGAGGUCAGGAUGUCGACGUCGGUGUUCUCCGCCGGCCAGACCAAGCCGAGCAAGCUCGAGACCGAUUGCUUCACCUUCGGCGGCUUCGACUGGAACCUGGUGAUCUACCCGUACGGCAAGGACACCGACGGUCGGGGCCAGGACACGGAAGGUCGGGGCCGCGUGGGCGUCUACCUGAUAAGACUGACCGGCUUCGAUCAUCGGUGCAGGGUGAGAUACAGCGUGGCGUUGGGCGAGGGUGAACGGCGGAUCGACUCGGGACAGAUCGAGGACAUCUCCGACGCGGAAGGCUGCGGCUACGGCUGGAGCACGAGGGUCAGGUGGUCGGACAUCGCCCAUAAGGGCACGCUACGGGUCUCCCUGGAGAUGCUCGAGGCGAGGACCAUCUGCGAGAUCGCGGUGCAGGCAUUAGGUCCGCAGGUACCACCGGCAGCGCCCUGUUACGAUCGCGACAAGCAAGCGUGGGCCAUCCGCGCCGACCUCUAUUCCGACACGGUCAGGCUGCACCUGGUGUACAAAGAUAUCCACAACGUGCCGAGGAAUCACCUGAGGUACGUCAGUUGGUCGGCGUACUUGCUGAAAAGCGAGGGACCAAACGUCGUGGCGAUCAGACUGCCCGGCGCACCGUUCAGCCGCUACUACGCCCAGGAGUCCGCCGACGAAGGUAUCAUCAUGGAGACUAGCCUAGACAUGAACGAAGUGAAGGAUAAUCACUGUCCAUUCCUCACGGACAAGGGUCAGCUGAGGAUCCGGCUGGAGUGGAACGAGAGCCACCUGCUCUUCCAGGCGACCUACCACAAGUACGACGACGUGUGCCGCGUUCACAAUCAACAGAUGCGCCGUGAGAUCGCGUCGUUGCAAGCGGAGAACUACAGCCUGGAGCGGCAGCUGUUCAGCUAUCAGAAGAGCUUGGCCUACGCCCAGGCGCAGCAGCAGCAACAGCAGCAGCAGCAACACCCGAACCAACAGCACCACUCGAUGAGCCACCCGGCUCAUCUGGAACGAUCAGCGUCCAGCGACACCGAAUACGCCUGACAAGUGGAACACGAGUUGUUGUCACCGGCACCGCCAGUCGCCGUCGUCGUUGCCUGCCAACGUCAGCUGCCGGUGCAGGAGGACGAUCAGCGGGUGCAUCAGAACCUAGUCAGGAUGAUGGACCGGCGGUUGAGCAACGUGCAGUUGCAGCAGCAUCUCUACGAGGAGCGGCAUUACCAACAUCGGCACAGCAGCGGCAGCGGCAGCAACUCCUCGCGGAGCGUCGAUCGCGACGGUUCGGAGCACCGUCGCAGCAUCCUGCAGCAACCCAGGCCAAGCAACGGCGUCUUCUACGAGAGCCGUGCAUCCGCAACCAGCAACGAACGGUACGCCGGCUACCAUCUGGGCUACGUCGGCCAAGCGGCGCACAAGCGACGCCGGACCACGUUCUGGGAAACGCUGACAGGCCUGGUGUGCUCCCUGGGCGCCCUGGCCUCCAGAGCGGCGAAGAUGGCCGCCAGACGGAGCGAGCCCCUCUGAGGUCACGAGCGCCGACGCGAACUUGCGCGGGAACUCUGGCCAGCGUGCACUGAACGUCCGAUAUCCGCCGCGGAAUCGGAUUCCAAUUUCAGGAGGGUACAUGAUAUCGCGAGGAGUUACGUAACGAAAAAGUUGCGUGGUCUCGCACGUGUGCCAACGUAUUUCUUUUGUGUCUCACCGCGCUCUCUUCGGAGCAUCGGUGGUUGCGUUCGAAUGAAGUUCCCGAAGUUUUCGGGGCUGACUUCCGGUAUUUCGGAAAAAUAUCAAAAGAAAGAGAUUUAUGGUUAAAGUAUCAAUUCUUGGACACGCACUUUAACCGUCGACAUUCUUGUCGUUUUCUUCUCUAAAUACGAAUAUUUAAACUUUUACUUUAUAGAGCAAAUUCUCCGUUUAGCGAAUGGUUGCGUUAUUUUCUGUAAAUCGUGCCCCCUUCGUUACUCCGUAAACUGUAUUCCUUCGUUUACGAUCGCGCUUAUCGGGAUUUGAGUUCGACGGAAGCGGGUGGAAUUUGAUUUCGUCGGCACGGCGGGAUAAGCCGGCAUCUCGCGAAGUACCUUCGGAGAGCACAUCCCCCGCGCAGAAGACGCAGAAGACUUCUCUGUCAGACAGACAUAUCUCUCAGAGGGGAUGCAAAAGAAUACGUUGCGUGCACCAUAUACCCCUCCCUCCGCCCCUCCCGAGAACUGACGGGUUUUCAUACGGGACAUGUUUGCGAAUCGUUUCCCGGUUCAAAGGAUCGCCGCGCCGGUUUUAUGAGACAGAAUAUCCCGUAGAGGUAUAACGCGGAAACACGAUGAGGAGCGAAAGGAACGGGGAAAGAGGAUCGUAGGGUGAGUCUAGGGUCGUGUUCUCUUCGACUCUGCACCUACUUACACAGAACACACACACAUACAUCUACGCCCACACACGAACACACACACAUACACACACACACACAGACAGAUCUACACACGAACACGAAUCUAUCUACUUGUCAAUUUACUAAAGAACCUAUUUUCCUCUAAAGACUUUUUCACCUAUUGUGUACAUCGCCGUGGAAGUAAGAAGAACGCGCGUUGGCAUAGUCAAGCCAAGCCGAAUAACAAUACUGUAAUUAUCGUAGUACAUAUAUUAAACAGAACUUUAGAGUACAGUCAAUGUUACAUAAGCGAACGAGAUGAGACAGGACAGGAGAAAAAAGAAGGUGGGACGUGGAGAGGAAAGUGGUGAAGGGAGGAAAAGAGGAAAGGGCCCCCUUGAAGGCUGUUUCGCGAUGCGCAUAACGCCGUCGCUGUGUAUGAAUAAAUUUCACUCGAAUGCUCUAGUCGACUUCGUCCCCUUCAGAUCGUGACCUUUUUACUACGAACAUUAAGGAUGUGCCAUCGUUACGGGACUUCACGUUUCCGUUCAAGAUUAUAUCGCUACUCGCCGUGCGGAUAUUUAACCAACAGGUGUUGAGCUAGUUAUAUCGCUAACUUCAAAGCGAUUCUACAUCUGAGAGGCACGCGAAUUAACAGAAACGCGGAGAAAUAUGCGAGAGACCGGGAGUGUACUCCACAAAUUUGAAUUCCACAUUUCCCCAGUCAGUUACUUGCUCUCGUAUGUUGACAUUACUUAUGUAAAGACUUAAUUUCUUCGUAUGUGUGUGUAUAUGUGUGUUGAGGUAUUCCUCAAGUCCUUCUUUCACGCUUCACUAAGAAAUGCGUAAUGCAGCGUUAAUCGACAAGACGAACAACAUAAAAUGAAAUCCCGGAAUUUUCGAGGCUGACUUUCAAUAUUUCAAAAAAAAAUGAGAGAAAAGGGAGGAGAAAGAGAUAGGGAUUCGGGAUUUAUGGAGCAAUUUUCUGUUUAACUCGCUGGUCUUUCGGGUAUCGAACGAAUCGAUCGACCGAUCUCUCGAGCGGGGAGUGUCACGUGACAAAGCCUAGAGACUAAUUAAACCUGAAAACGAUGGCGUCAUACGCAGCACCUGGAAGAGCACCGACACGAGGAGCGGCGCGAGCAUACGUUUGGUGGCUUAAUUCAGAAGGUCGAACGAUCGGAAUAAAAAGUAGGAGAGAAAAUGAUGAUAAGAAUGAGAAAAAAGCGAUCGUACCGCUCUCGCACGUUAUUCACGAGCUCGACGUCAUCGGUCAGCAUCCGCCGGAUUACUUUCUCAAAGACUCACACGUUUCCCUUACCCGUGCUGAAAUCGUGAAGGUUAUACGUACACUGAAAAAAGACUACAACUCGAGCCGAGAACGUCGCUCCCGUGUCACGUGCAUCACGUCACUUAAUUUCCUAUUUGCCACGCACGGACUCGAGAGCGUUUCAGUAUCGGUGUGUAUAUAGUAUCACCGCGUCGAGCCCGACUUGAUACGCGCAAAUAACUGACGUCGAAGCUACAUUUCCGUCUUUCUUAUUUACGGCAGUGCCGUACGCACAUCUUUCACCGAUAAAGUCGGAAACGAACAUCACUUGGCGAGUGGAAAGUAGAGUGAGAUUGCGAAAAUUCUUCGACCGAUAUUUUCUUCCAUAUUUUUUUGGCACGUUCGACGUCCCCGAGAGCUUUUCGUGCCAAUGGACUCCGUGACAAUUCUCGUCGGAAAAAUCAACGUUUGCAUACAGAGAAAAAGCUCGGUUAAAUUUGACGGGCUGUAAAUGAACUGGAAGCGUUUCGGUUGAGAAAAAAUCGAAUUCACUUACUGGAUGGCAGCGCUAUAAGAAUUGAAAAUUUCAUUUCCUUCGACUUCUAAAACGCGUUCUCCGCUAUUUCACGAUCCACGAUUCUUCCAAAGCCGAAAUACAUACGAUACAGGAAUGCGUUCGUAAGACACGUGAGACAUGAUGAAUUCGUGUUACCCGAUACAUCUGACUGUCGCAUACCUGCGGUGUUCACGUACCUAUCACAUACACGCACAUUGACGCACAGCGCUCGAAUCUCCCCUCCUCUCUUAUUCGAUCGCCGCUGGAAUUUCUCGUCGGCUCAUUUUCUCCCCUCAAGUCAAUGCAAAACCGUUUAUUCCAUUUGUUUAUUCGCCCCGCUGACUCAAACGGAAUUUACCGCACGGAUAAAUAUCGAUGAAAAGUUUAGUCAUUAGAAAGUGAAAAUCCUUCAUCUAACGCGCGUUUUCUGUCAAAGUUCGCGGGCUUUCUCAAUGCGUGAUUUAAUGAAAAAGUUUUCACGUUACCGUGAAUUCUAAAUGCUAUUGCACGUGAAAAAGUUUUAGUCGUAAUUGCAAGGCCGUAAGCAAAUUAACCACAGUCGACUAUUUCUCUUACGAUCCAAUAAGUCCCAAGAACGGAAAAGAGUUGAAAUAAAAUAUAAAAUUAAUAAAUAAAGGUCAAGAAGAGAAAGAGAAUUAAAAAACGGAACAUCAGCAAAACUUUAGAUUAAAUUUAAUACAUUUUACACUCAAAUUUUGGUAUUAAUUUAACACAAGAUGAAUAUGUGUGUUGUUUUAUGAAAGACUGUAAAAUAUGAAAAGAAGAGAAAGAGAAACACGCAUUAUAUAAUGAUCACAAAGAAACAAUGUUACCGGCAAGGACACAAUUCGCGGACGCGCAAAUGCGGAGAAGCAGAAUAAAUGGAGGGAAAGCAUUGAAAUAUUUCAUGUAUCAAAUAUUACGAUGAAAGAAAAAGUAGCACGAAAUCUCACAAUGCGAUGUCUGAGAAAUGCUAACUGACACUGAAUACGAGCAUCACAUAAGUCGAUACUAUGAAAUUCAGUAUUGAGGUGCAAAAGUUCGUGCAGAUAUGACGGUGACUUAGACCUUGGGACGCAGGAAACAAGACAACAUAGGUGCAAAAUAAAACGCUGAUCGACUUGGUUGGCCGAUUUGCUUACGGUUUUACGGUUACGAACAUUUUUUUUACAUUUAAUGAUUUUAAAAGAACCGAGUAAUAUUGGAGACGUUCCUCGAUAACAAUGAAAUUUCAUUCACAGAAAAUUUCGCGGUUUCUCUCGUUGCACUUCUCCGUGGUUUUAUUCUCUCCCGUUAGAACGAUGCAAUAAUUUCCACCUCGUCCCGGUAUUUUCUGGUACAUACGAGCGCCACGUAACCGAAAUACACAUAGCUGCGCGAACUCUGUACGUCUCGUGCAUAUACAUAUAUAUAUAUAUACGCACGUGUACAUGUGUGUGUACGUGUGCGUAUCUGCGACACCAAUAGGUAACAUUUGAUCGAUACAAUCGCCGGUUCGCACACCGAAUGUACAUCGCAAGCACACCCACAUACACAUCUGCGUACAGUCAAAACCUAUACCGCGUUGUAGUGUGUGUGCACCCUCAGGUGAUCCGCGCGCGUCGCUCUCAAACCUAAAAUCUCGUCCGACAUACACAGCAUCCGCACGUCAAUCUAUGACAAUUCGUUAACACCGGAACCGCCGUCGGCGAGUCACGUUUUCGUACCAUUUCUGAAGCCGUGUCCGCCUCACGAUGAUGAUUUUCAAUCGGCGAGCUGAUAUUUUUAUUCGCGCCCAAAUAUAAUUGAGUGUAUAUAUAUGUCCUCUUUUCAAAAAUUAUAAACUCUAUAUCAAAGAAAAGUUAAAUUCGGCUAAUUUGGAUAAGCAAACCGGAGUUCGCUUUAAUUUAAUAUUCUUGAUUAAAGUACUCUACUAUAAUUAUUCAUGGUAGUACAUGGUCGUAGAGAUAAAUUUCAUGUAUAAUCUUUUUUUCCCGGGUUACGAGGAACACUACUUUGAAUAAAUUUGAUACCCUUAGAAUAAGGAAUAUUUGACGCGAUAUGGAAUUUUUGUCACAACUAACAUUUACUUGAACGCAGCGUAUAAUUUUCUGUGUGUAAAAGAAACGUUUUAUUCCCGAACGCUGAUGAUUUGUUCCGCAUUUUUGCGCAUGAUCCUGACCCGCGCGACCAUUGGACGAUGCAAGCUUCCUUCCUAUUGUCAUUUGUUAGAACAUGCUCUAAUUGAUCCACAAAUGUCGUUUAUUUCGCCGAGAAACGUCUAUCACGCCGCAUAACUGAGAAAGGCUUAUUUCCACAAGAUCCGUCUCAGAUCCGCAUUCAAGAGCAGACUGAGAGUCGGGAAGCUCGCCACAAGCUCACAUCGUUUGCGUUGUUUUUCAAACAAUAGACCUAAGACGAAGAUUGGGAACGAGCCCUUCGACUGAUGCUGGCAAUCGCGCGACUGUACAAUUGAAAGUAUUUCGGGAACCUCGACGAAGAGUGUGCCACGAGAGGUGUAAAGCGCCGUCGGGGUGACGUGACGUAGUGUAAAGCUCCGAAAGGACCAGGUUCUCGCAAUAGUAGCUCGUAACAAUGUGCGCCCGCGCAAUCGGUGUAUUAGUACUGCAGUCAAUUUCAUCGGGAUUAUGUCGGUCCUGCCUGUGUGUAGCGGCAAGAUUUCCUCCAGCAUCCUUCAGCGUGUAGGACGCAGUGUAUUCGCAGGAUUAAAAAAAAAAAAGCGCUCCUUCCGACCCGAAACUUUCUACUUGAACGCGCUCGUGACAGACGUAUAUAGCAGCAGCUCUGACAAUCGCACCUAAUCUCAUCGCCACGAUGAAGAUCGAAUGUUUGCCCGUCCGCGUGAUCCUCGACGCUUCCGCUUCCACACGCUCGGCGAUCUCUCGACGUGCACUUUGUAUCAGCGAGAAGAAUGCGCGUUAAAUCGACCACCGAGUGUCGAUCUUUACGAGUACACAUCGCCCUUAAUGUUCGAUUGUUCAUUAUUGUUGCCAAUUUUGCGGCGUCGGCGAUGCGCAACUCGUCGAAAAACAUCCGUAGUGGUGAUUUCGAUAGAUAAGGGAAGAGAUACAGUGAUUAGCAUUAUCGGCACAUUUAAACACAAAAACAAACUAAUUAUUGUCAUCGAAUGCGCAGCUGAUAAGUUGAUGAUAAGUGAGAGACUGGUCUGUCGAAGAGCGAUCGAUUAAGUUGCAAUGUUGAUUAGCCCCAUUAGGCUGUAAUCACUGUGCCUCUUCCUCUAAUUUAGAUGCGAUAGAUUCGACGGAGAUCAUUUAUUUGCGUCACCGUGCGACGUGGAUGUCAAAGUAGCGGGAAGUGAUUGUUGAAGAAUCGUUCGAAAAUCUGAGCGAGAAUCCAUCCGUUGUUUUCUUUCGUCGCAACGUCGAAGAUUACGAUUAUGUAUUUCGGUGCUCUGACAUUGCGAUUCUAUGUUUGAAAAAAUUUGCACGGCACUCGUGGAGCUUAUCAAGCCGCUUAUCUCUCAUCGCGUUUAUAUUCGUGCGCCGAUAACUUUGGCGUUAUAACUUCGAUGCUGCGACUGAGCAGCACGAGUUUCAUCAAUAAUUCCCGCGAGAUACUUUGCAAGUCGCAGUAGAACUUACCGGACGGAGAUACCGUAGCAAAAGGAGCAGAGACGAUUGCGAGCGAUAAGUGGUCCUCGGCAUACUUACUGCGCGCAGAUACACACACAUACACACGCAGAGGCGCACAUAGACUUAUAUAUUAAAUUCCUCGCGCAGCUGGCGCGGUUCGACAAUUCAGUCCAUUAAUUUCCUUCUCGCGAGAACCGCAUGCUAGCAAUGCUGGUAUAGCGCGGCCUUGCGUAAGAUACCAAGUGUACGCGUGAAACAAGAGCGAAAGUUUGCCCGAUAUUCUCGACACGAAAUAUCCGGAGCGUCCACAUUCAGUGAGAUAAAUUCAAAUCAAGAUGGAAUUGGAGAAAGAUUCUCAUGAAAGCCGCGCACUCGCCGGUUCAAGAAACGAGUCGUUACUUGGGAAGAAACUUCUAUCGUGUGCACGAAAAUAAUUAGUUUCAACUCAAGACUCAUAUUUCAUGUAUAAGCAAGAAUAUGUAACCUUAUAUAUAUACGAAGAUAAAGCUUGCUCCUAGAAGAAGGAAUUCCAUAUUAGUCCCAUUAAAAAUAUAUUCACGUUAAUCAAGAAUAAUUUUCAUGAAUUGAGAGGGGAAAAUAUUGGAUAGAAAGAACAUAUAUAUUUUCAAACUGAGAACUGUGUGAAUUUGAAGAUACAUCUUUCUUUCUAUCCAAUAUUUUUCGUUUUUUUUUUUUUCACAUAUAAGAAUAUGAGUCUUGAAUCGAUACGAAUUUUUCCCGUGUAUCUCAAUCGAUUAAAAUGAGACAUCCACUGUGCCGUGACUGGCAGAAUUCGCAUUAUCGUCGGGUCAUGUCGAGCGCACGAGACGAUUAAAUCAAUUAACGAUCAAUCGCAACUAUAUUGGGCGAAUCCAAAGUGACUCGCGAACGACGACGUCUGAUGACGGGACCGACGAGCGGCGGAAAGCGGAAGCGGAAGCAGUGGCACGCACCGGCGGACGAUUAUACGCGCAGGAAAUAAUAGGAAUAUUCUAGAAGUAUAUUCGUAUAACGACACGCACGGUCGCGCUUAUUAGUUCGUACGACAAAUCGAACCGCGAUCGAUCCCCACACGUUCGUCCCCGCGCGUUUUACUCCGACAUUCAUCCGUCGCGCUCGUUUACUCGCUGACACGUUCGUAUUCGUUCGAUAUAUACAGGUAUAUACAUAAAUAUAUAUAUAUAUAUAUGAUGACUUCUCGAUGUGUACAUCGUCGUUUCCCGCGCCAUUGUGUCGCAGCCGGUCCCCAACAAUCUCGGAUUUUUGCAACUCGAGCGACGAUGCGCCUCUGUAAAAGCGCAAGGCCGAUCACGGUGGUCGCGAUCGCGAAUCAGAGAACCACGUGGGAUAGUUGCCGGUCAGAAUCACGACGAGGCUUCGCAUGUACGGCCGAGUAAAGAUCUGAGAUGCUCCUCGGAACGACCACCGUGAUCGGCCGUGCCGAAGAAUUUUAACCGCGAAUCUGGAGAGCAAUCCACGACAAAUCGGCUAACCAAAGGUCAACGUGCAGCGCACGAGGCCACGAAUAGAAUACGAUUAAACGAGCCAUGUACAUAUAUGCAUAUACAAUAUAUAUGAUAUACGACACGACGUACGUAUAUUUGUAUACUACAUGUACAUACAUUUGAUAAUAACGAGCGCACAGUAUAUAUUAUUCAAUCGUCCCAAACGGAGGAAGAAACGUUGACGAACGUCGCGAGAGACAUCAAAGAAAAGAAUAAAAGAGAGAGAGAGAGAGAGGGGGGAGAGAAGGAGAAAGAAGUGCAACGCGAUUUUUCUUUUCCGUAAAAUGCCGCGAUAAGAGUUUCGCCGAUUGUUUAUGCAUACUCAUCGUCCGGAGAUAAAAAAUGAUGGAAAAAGAAAUAUGAAAAAACAACAGGCAACGAUACUAUGGCGCAAUACGCGAAGAAGCUUAUGUCAAGUAUAAUUCGGCGUUUCCUUUUUCCGCCUGUCAUCCAACGGGGACUCCGUUUAAAUUAAUGUUAUAUCCGUACAACUCUUUCUCGAGCACAAUGCAAGAGCACGUUUUCUGCGAACCUUUUUUCAUCCGUGUGAUUCUACUCAAAAUGAAAAACAAAAAAAACUAACGAUGUGAACGCAACAACAACAACAACAAAAAAACACACUCUCAAGAGUUUUGAGACAAAUACUAAUGUACUUAAACCAUCUGUGAGUCUGCCUCGUCUUUUAUAAAGUUCUUGCUAUAUUCAA